CCCAAAAUACCGGUACGUGAAAGUAUCUACUUAUGCACAAAUUAAUUUCUUAACUUCCUUUGUAAAAUGGCUGAGGGAAACUCUUUUUUAGACAAAGUCGUUCGUCCAGUCGUAGCCGAGUUCAUCGGAACUACACUGUUCGUGUUUACUGUGUGUUUAUUUCCUGCAAAAAAUACCAACUUAUCAGGUCUCCUACAGGGUUUUGCUUAUGUUUCCCUCAUUGCAGGGCUGGGAAAAUUCAGUGGAGGGCAUUUUAACCCUGCCAUUACUGCUGCGGUGACUUUGUGUGGGGGUGUGCCUAUCCUUGUUGCAGUAUGUUAUAUCUUAGCUCAGAUGCUUGGAGGCCUGAUUGGGGCAUCCCUGGUUUUCGUAU